AGUGAUGUUAAUGCCGGAAGGGCUGUAUUCUGGGACAUAAAGAAUAGAUUACCUCGUUCACUUACAACAAUAGAAUGGGAUGAUACUUUUUGUAGUGUUUAUUCUAAAGAUAAUCCAAAUGUUUUAUUCUCAAUGUGUGGAUUUGAAGUUAGAAUUCUUCCAAAGAUUCGAAAUCUCAACGAGGAAUUUACUCUCAAAGAUGGAGUUUGGAACUUAAUAAAUGAACAAACAAAAGAAAGAACGGCACAGGCUUUCCUUCGUGUUGACGAAGAAUCAAUGCAAAAAUUCCAUAAUCGUGUUCGUCAAAUAUUAAUGGCUAGUGGAUCUACCACAUUCAGUAAGAUCUCAAAUAAAUGGAAUACUUGCCUUAUCGGAUUGAUGUCCUAUUUUAGAGAAGCUGUUGUUCAUACGCGUGAAUUAUUGGAUAUAAUCGUGAAAGCAGAAAAUAAAAUACAAACUAGAAUUAAGAUCGGACUUAACUCGAAAAUGCCUUCGAGAUUUCCACCAGUCGUGUUUUAUUGUCCGAAAGAAUUGGGUGGACUAGGAAUGUUAUCUAUGGGACACGUUCUCAUACCACAAAGUGAUCUCCGGUGGAGUCAGCAAACAGAGACUGGAAUUACUCAUUUCAGAUCAGGAAUGAGUCACGAAGAAGAUCAACUAAUACCGAAUUUGUUUAGAUACCUUCAACCUUGGGAGUCAGAAUUUAUUGACUCUCAACGCGUAUGGGCUGAAUAUGCGCUUAAACGUCAAGAAGCUAAUGCUCAAAAUAGGAGGUUGACACUUGAAGAUCUUGAAGAUUCUUGGGAUCGUGGUUUACCAAGAAUAAAUACAUUGUUUUCUAAAGAUAGACAUACUUUAGCUUAUGAUAAAGGAUGGCGUGUUAGGACUGAUUUCAAGCAAUAUCAAGUAUUAAAGAACAAUCCUUUCUGGUGGACGCAUUCUAGACAUGAUGGAAAACUGUGGUGUCUCAAUAAUUAUAGAUCCGAUAUGAUUCAGGCUUUAGGAGGUGUCGAAGGGAUCUUAGAACAUACACUUUUUAAAGGAACUUAUUUUGUUACAUGGGAAGGUCUGUUUUGGGAAAAAGCAUCAGGUUUCGAGGAGAGUAUGAGAUAUAAAAAAUUGACUAAUGCUCAGCGUUCUGGUUUAAACCAAAUCCCCAAUCGUCGAUUUACAUUAUGGUGGUCACCAACAAUUAAUCGAGCAAAUGUAUACGUUGGUUUUCAAGUCCAACUCGAUCUUACAGGUAUUUUUAUGCACGGAAAGAUUCCAACCUUAAAGAUUUCAUUGAUUCAAAUUUUCAGAGCCCAUUUAUGGCAAAAGGUGCACGAGAGUGUUAUUAUGGAUCUUUGCCAAGUAUUUGAUUCGGAACUUGAGAGUUUGCAGAUUGAGACAGUACAAAAAGAAUCCAUUCAUCCUAGAAAAUCAUACAAAAUGAAUUCAUCAUGUGCUGAUAUAUUACUAUUCGCUUCCUAUAAAUGGAAUAUUUCUAAACCUUCACUACUAAAUGACAACAAGGAUGUUAUGGAUGGAACUACUACAUCAAGAUGGUUUGUGGAUUGUCAAUUAAGAUGGGGUGAUUUUGAUUCUCAUGAUAUUGAAAGGUACACGAGGGCCAAAUUCUUGGAUUAUUCUACCGAUAAUAUGAGCAUAUAUCCAUCACCAUUUGGUAUUAUGAUUGGUAUCGAUUUAGCCUAUAAUCUACAUAGUGCUUACGGUCAUUGGAUUCCAGGAAUGAAACCAUUGAUACAAUCUGCGAUGGCUAAAAUCAUGAAGGCUAAUCCAGCUUUAUAUGUUUUACGAGAACGUAUCCGAAAAGGUUUACAAUUAUACAGUUCAGAACCUACUGAACCGUACUUAUCUUCUCAAAAUUAUUCAGAAUUGUUUUCGAAUCAAAUAAUUUGGUUCGUUGAUGAUACAAACGUAUAUCGUGUGACAAUUCAUAAGACAUUCGAAGGAAACUUGACAACUAAACCGAUAAAUGGUGCUAUUUUCAUUUUUAAUCCAAGAACUGGUCAACUAUUUUUGAAAAUCAUUCACACUUCAGUAUGGGCUGGGCAAAAACGUUUGGGUCAAUUAGCGAAAUGGAAAACCGCAGAAGAAGUGGCUGCCUUAAUUCGGUCAUUGCCGAUUGAAGAACAACCUAAACAAAUUAUCGUAACUAGAAAAGGAAUGUUGGAUCCUCUUGAAGUUCAUUUACUUGAUUUCCCAAACAUCGUUAUUAAAGGGAGUGAGUUACAAUUACCGUUCCAAGCUUGUCUUAAACUUGAAAAAUUCGGAGAUUUGAUCUUACGUGCUACAGAACCUCAAAUGACCUUGUUUAAUCUGUUUGAUGAUUGGCUUAAGACGAUUUCUUCAUAUACCGCGUUUUCUCGUCUUAUACUUAUCUUAAGAGCGUUACAUGUAAACACUGAAAAAACAAAAUUAAUCUUACGUCCCGACAAAAAUACCAUCACAGAACCUCAUCAUAUUUGGCCAACGUUAAGUGAUGAAGAAUGGAUCAAAGUUGAAGUUGCUCUUAAAGAUUUAAUUUUAGCAGAUUACGGAAAAAAGAACAAUGUUAAUGUUGCUUCUCUUACUCAAUCUGAAAUUCGAGAUAUUAUCCUUGGUAUGGAAAUAUCUGCGCCAUCUCUUCAACGACAACAAAUUGCAGAAAUUGAAAAACAAACUAAAGAACAAAGCCAACUUACUGCUGUUACAACCAAGACACAAAAUGUACAUGGUGACGAAAUGUUAGUUGUUACUACAAGCAAUUAUGAGACGCAAACAUUUUCUUCAAAGACUGAAUGGCGUGUGCGAGCCAUUUCAUCAACAAAUUUACAUCUUCGUACUAAUCAUAUCUAUGUUAAUGCUGAAGAUAUAAGAGAUACUGGUUACACCUAUGUCCUUCCAAAGAAUGUACUCAAACGAUUCAUUCAAAUCUCCGAUCUUCGCACACAAAUUUCAGCAUAUUUAUAUGGUACUUCACCACGCGAUAACGCUCAAGUUAAAGAAAUUAGGGCAUUGGUUAUUGUUCCACAAUAUGGUACUCAUCAGACAGUCAAUUUACCGAAUAUGCUCCCUGAUCACGAACAAAUUAGAGACCUCGAACCACUUGGGCUUAUUGUAACACAGCCAUUCGAAACCGCUCAGCUUUCUCCAACUAUUUUAUCUUUGCACGCUAGAAUAGUGGCAGAUAAUAAGAAUUGGGAUGGCGAUAAAACAAUAACAAUGACUGUUAGUUUUACACCUGGAUCAUGCUCUCUCACAGCUUAUAAAUUAACACCGGCUGGAUUUGAAUGGGCUCGUAAUAACAAAGACACAUCAAUGAAUCCACCAGGUUAUCUUCCAACAUUCGCUGAAAAAGUUCAAAUGUUACUCUCGGAUCGAUUUAUGGGAUUUUUUAUGGUUCCAGAAAAUGAUAUUUGGAAUUAUUCAUUCAUGGGUCCUAGCCAUAGUACAAGUAUGAAAUAUACUUUAAAAUUGGAUGUUCCUAAGGAGUUUUAUCAUGAAUUGCAUAGACCACAACAUUUCCUCAAUUUCUCUUCUAUGGAAGAAGAUGUUGAAGCUGACCGUGAAGAUGCAUUUGCUUAA